AACCGAGUCGCGGCGAUGACAGCCUGGGGGCUCACGCAUUCGCUGCUGUCGCUGCUGGUGGUGGUCGCGGGUGCUGCAGGCGCCCGCUGGCGCGGGGAGGGAACCACACGGCACCUCCAGAGCAUUAUCCUGGGCCGGUGCGCGGAGUAUGACGCCCUGGUGAAUCCCGACCCGCGGGGCAGGAACUGCACAGCUAUCUGGGAAGCCUUCAAAGUGGUGCUGGUUAAGGAUCCCUGUUCUGUCCUUCCCUCAGACUACGACCGUUUUAUUGACCUCUCCAGACAUUCCAUUCCCAAAGACAAGUCCCUGUUCUGGGAAAACAACCACCUCCUGGUCACUAGCUACUCAGAGAAUGGCCUUCGCUUUUUGCCUUUGUGCAGUGUUCUGUACGGGAGGAUUGGAGAUUUUCUGAGCUGGUGUCGACAGGAAAAUGCCUCCGGACUCGAUUACCAGUCCUGCCCUACAUCAGAAGAUUGUGAAAACAACGCUGUGGAUUCUUUCUGGAAAAGGGCUUCUAUGCAGUAUGCAAGGGAGAGUUCUGGAGUGAUCUCUGUCAUGCUGAAUGGUUCAGAGCCAUCAGGAGCCUAUCCUGUUAAAGGGUUUUUUGCAGAUUUUGAAAUUCCCUACUUCCAGAAGGAUAAAAUCACACGAAUUGAGAUCUGGGUUAUGCAUGAAAUCGGAAAACCUAAAGUGGAAUCCUGUGGAGAAGGCUCUGUGAAAAUCCUGGAAGAGAGACUGAAGAAAAUGGGUUUUCAGUACAGCUGUAUAAAUGAUCACCUACCAGUGAAGCUCUUAAAGUGUGUGGACCACAGCACCCAUCCUGAUUGUGUCUUGAAUUCGGCGGCAGCAUCUAGAGAAAUCCCACCUCUCUGGGCAGAACGUGGUGCCAGUCAUAUCGUUCCUUUGCUAGUGGCUCUGGCUUCAGCUGUUCACAUGUAACCAGAAACUCUGCUGUGUGGCCCUAACUCUCCCCCAGCCCUGAAGCCUGCCCUUUGCACAUUCAUUCUUCUUGUUCUGUGCAUACCAGGUGAUUCCAUUGUCUGAUGAAGCUUCCUGCUGGGAAAACAAUGUCCUGAGAGGAGUUUUCAAUGAUGCACAUGCUCAGGAUUUCAGAGACGGGAAAUUCUUCUAGUCCUAUUGAACAGGUUAAAAUUGCUGCAUUAGAAUUAAAGCAAGAUAUUAGCUUCUUACUUCAUAAUGGUGCAAAGCAUUGAGAUCCAGACUGAUGCUCUAUAAAAAAUAUUUUUAGGAAAUUCUAA